AUGAACUCGAAGAGUCGUCUUCCCGGUGACAUUCGAAUUCCUGAUAACAUGGUAAUUGAGAAGGAACCAGAUGCUUCAGAGAUACAAGGUCCUGAAAAAAAUCCAUUGCCAAAUUAUGGUCAUUCUCUGCAUAAAGCUGACUUCGCUCAACGACCAAUGUCCAUGAAAAAAUUUCUCGAACCUUUUGAUCAUGGUAGUUUGACUAAUACCGAAGCUGGCGAGAAAUAUGCAGCAUACAAAGCCAGUUAUGCUCGCCAACAAUUGGAGGAAUUUUUUGAACGAAAUAAGGCAUAUGCUUGGUUUCGUGAAAAAUAUCAUCCAGAUUACUGUACAGAAUCAGCGUCCAAUACAAAAUUAUUUGAAAAGCGUUUAGAAAUCUUCAUGGAAUUUUACAAAAAUGGAUAUUUUAACAGUCUGCAUUUAACUAGUGGUUAUGAAAAAGAAAUUGUCCGUCUGUUAGACAUGGUUGCCAUCAAACUUGCCGGUGGUACAGAUGAAGAUUUUCAACUUUUGGAUAAAUUUGUUGAACAACAAAACUUGAAGAGAUCUGAUGCUUUAAGCCAUGAUAAAUCUAAACAUAGAAAAGAGAAAAAUACUAAAUCAUCAUCAUCAUCAGACGAAGAAGAAGAAGACGAAGAUAAGGAUAAAUUGAAGUCGAAUAAAAAGGCUAAAAAGAAAACAAAACGUAGAACAAAUUCACACAAUCGUCAAUCUAAAUCAGAAAAAUUAAAGAUACGUAAAAUGAAGAAACUUGCACGUCGUCAAGAUCAUGAAGAAGGUGAAGAAGAUAGCAGUUCAAGCAAAGACGAUGAGAGUAAUAGCAGUGGAAGUGAUAGUGAUGAUGAUGAUAGUCGUCAUACCAGAAGUGGUUCUAGUUCAAGCAGCAGUAGUAGUGCUAGUAAUAACGACAACAGUUCUAGUGAGAGUAGCUCUAGUGGCAGCAGUGAUGAUGAUGAGGAGGAGGACAGCGAUGGCAACAGCGAUAGCAGCAGUAACAGUGGCAGUAGUCGAAGUAGCAGUAAUGAUGAAAUAAAGAAUAAAAGAAAGCAUAAUACUACUUCAGGUAGCAGUAGUAGUCAUACCAGUGAUAGUGAUAGUGAAAGUGAGACAAAUAGAAAACAGAAAAAGAAACAUUCUAAACUUUCGAAAAAACCUGAAGUCAAUGCAAAAGCUCAUUCUUCACAGAGUCGUCGUCGUCGCCAACGAAAUCAUGAAAAUCGUCAGUCAAAAAAUGUAUUCACCUUCAGUUCACUUGAAAAUCAACAGAAAAGUGAAGCCGUUAAUGAUGAAUCAAAGUUGGAUACACCCGAAGAAGGUGAAAUGGAUACAACAUUUGCCUCGGAAGACUUGACUGAUCAUCUGAAUGAUUCCAAGUCAAUAGAUAUGGAUAAUUCUAUUUCUGAGAAUAAUAAAUUCACAGAAGAAGCCAAUGAAAAUUCACAAAAAAAUUAUUCAACUCGGAGAAAUGAACAGAUACGUCAUCCUAUUCAUUGUACUGCCCUGCUAUUUCUACCGCAUAUACCCUUCAAUAUAUUUAAACGAGAUUUAAUUUCUGUAUUUUCUACUUCACCUCAUUUCUUACGUUUAGCUGUUUUAGAUCCAGUUAUUAUGCCAGAUAAAGAUUCUCCACCGAUUACAGAUCCUGAUGAAGUAUUUGUUACAGUGAAGAAUGCUUUACCCAAAAUUUUAUUAAAACGCUUAGGAUGGGCAUCGUUUGUUUCACAGUAUAAAGAUGAUACUACCACUACUCCUACUAAUGACAGUAAUAAUAAUAAUGAAAAUGGAAAUACUAAUGAUAACAAUGACGGUGAUAAUAAAUGGGUUAAUAUUGAUUUAACUGUUAUUAGAAAUCAAUUAAUUCAACAUGCAAUUGACUGUAAUGCUUCUAGUGAGAUAAUCGAUUGUCUACGUUUAUCCCGUCCAAUUAAUGAACCUUUUAAAAUAUCGUUUAAAGAACGAGCUAGAAAUAGUGGAGAAUUAUUCAGGAAAUUGUUAAAUACAUGUCCAACAAGUAUUCGAUCAAAAGCAUUAGUUCGACGUCAUCUAGUCAUGGCAGCACGUGUUAUUCAUGAAUUGGAUAAAGCUAGAGGUUUAUGGUUAGUUGAUUGUAGCAAUGAUAAUACUUCCCAGCAUGUUGUAAGUAAAGACGAUGAAAGGGUGUCAAGUGAGAAUGAAGAUGGUGUAAAGCAAGAUGAUGGAUUAACUACUACGACUACUGUUACUGCCGCGGGGGGUGGUGAAGAUGGAGAGGAAGGUGAAGAGGGUAGAACAAUAACUGGUGAAUUAAAAGGCAAAGAAAAUAACGAGAUGCAAGUGAACAAUAAUCAUGAGAAUAAAUUAUCCGAUGAUACUACUGUUACUACUAAUACUAUUGCUACCACUGUUCAUAGUCCAAAUCAUCAAGAUCAAACAAUGGAAGUAGAUAAACCAGAGACAUCUGUCAACUUAGAAGAAACACUAGGUGAACAUAUAGAUGAUUCAGAAAUGUAUGAUUCAUUCCAACAGAAAGGGGAUGGCAAACCAUCAAGUAUCAAUGAUGUUUCAAUGAAUUCAGACGAUAAACAUACUGAUGACAACAGCAACAACAACAACAACAAUAACAGCGAUAUUGUUGGCAAGAGUAAUAAUAAAAGUGCUAGUGUUGAAAGUGAUAAUCUAAUCGAUCCCGGGAGGGAUUUAAUCAAAGCAGCUAAUAUACUGAAUACUAUUAAGACAACUAAUCCUAUUCUACAAGGUCUGACAGAUUAUCUAGUUGAUGAAGGCAGCGCUGAAGAGGAGCUUUUACUUUUGGGAGGUAUGGAGUCGAUUUCAUUCCAACCAUCUACCCUGCCUCAACUUGGUCUACAGUCAAGCUUACAAUUACAAAAAUUUGAGAUUUCUUCAAAAUUUUAUGAAUCAGAUGAUAGUGAACUGUUAGUAGCAUUGGAUAGAUUAAUUUUAUACCUAAGAAUAGUACAUUCAGUUGAUUUCUAUGCACCAGCUAUCUACAUUAAUGAAGAUUUAAUGCCGCAUCCGUGUCAUCUAAUGCAUAUACGACCUAGUCUAAACGAAAUAACACAGUCUUUAACACAAUUGAAUAAUUUAGAGAAUACAAGUGAUAUCGAAUCAAUUGGUCAGCUAUUUACCAAUCAAUUGAAACGCUUAAUACGACUUAUUACACCACUCAAAGAAAUUGAUUGUAAAAAUUUAGGUUUUCGAAAUGCAGAAGAAGUUGCUGAAGAAUUUAUCAAGCUGAAUACACGUCGAAAGAAACGAAAAACAGAUGUGAUAUGGGUCUGCCCUUUAUCGAAUAAAAAGUUUCGUGAUCCAAUUUACGUCAAAAAGCAUAUUCUCAAUAAACAUAUGGACAAAGUUGAAGCAGCUAAAAAUGAUAAUGCUCAUUUCUUCAAUAAUUAUCUUAUGGAUCCAGCUCGUCCUCAGUUGCCUUCUGAGCCUAGAUCGCCUAGGAAGUCAUAUCGAUCACCUUCACCAUCUCGUGAAACGGCUAGAGAAUCAAGUCGACAUGACACUAAAACUAGUGAUCGUGAACGUUCUGAUUCUUGGAAUCAAGGUUCACAAAAAUGGCAACAAUAUGGACGUAUUCGUAAUGAUAGGGGUGGUGGUGGACGUGAUAAUCUGUACAAUAAUUCAUCCUAUUCUCGACCGUAUGGUGGUCAACAAUAUUCUAAUUUCCGAAUACCAUACGGUGGCAAUCAACGCAGUUAUUAUAAUGGACCACGAGCUGGCGGUGGAUAUGGCAACUUUAACAGACGCCCUUAUCCAAGACGUUCAUAUGUCGAUUUGGAUGCACCAUAA